GGGAGGAACAGCGACUAAGUAUAAUUUGCACGGUCCUCAUUUCCCCAGUAGCUUUUCUUUGGGGGAUCUCAUUAGCCAACGAGAAUGAACUCGAGGCAGACACCGAAGUCUUCACCCCGGAAAGAGAACCUGCAGCAUCCUCACAGGCGUCCAAGGGAGAGGCCGCCCACGCAGCGCACCCUCGGCCCUUGCGAAGAGGCGCUCUUCCCGGACUCGCCCGCCCGCCGGCGGCUCCGGCCCGGAUCCCCGGCCCGCCGCGAGCAGGACGCCGCGCGCCCGCCCGCGCAGCAAGCCUCCCAAAGGCGGCGGCUCAAGGUCACGCCGUGCGGGGUCGCGGCCUCGCCGGGGAAGGAGCGGCGGGAGGCGGCACCGGGCCGCCGACUCGCCCUCCCGCCGGCUCUCCCCCCGGACUCGUCUUUGGCCUUGUAUUACUCAGCUGAUCUGCAAGUCCGAGUCUGCGCAUGAUUCUUCAGUGUUCUGCGUGUCUCCAGCUCUUCUACCUAAGCCCA